CUUUGCUACACAUGGAUAUAAGAGGACGCGUUUGAGCACUAUAUGCGAUGCUGUUUCGCUAGAUAUAAUAAAUCGUGUGCUGGGUGAGCGUAUUUUAUCGCAAGAGUGUUAUGUUUUUACUACGUCGCGGAAGGAUCUAAUUUUCUCAAGCGAGGGUCGACACAUCCGCCCAGUUUUCCGAUGUUUCAUUCCCCCCGAGUUGAAAAUGGAGUUCGAUUAAAGCAGAUGUCCACCAACUUCUCAAGGAAAUCUCAAGUCUCGAGGCUUUUACUUCACGCGUCAGUGUUAAUAUUGAACCCAACUGAGACCCUUUUUUGGCGUUGGAUGCCUUUACUGCAAAUUACUCGGACACGUUGACGGAGCAACGCUCCACAGCGCUUUUUCAAGUGUUGUCCUGGACCUGAAGUUGGCGAAUGGAUGCUCGACAGCCAGCCAUAAAUAACCUGCCUACAGCCUGCAACAAUUUCUUCAUUUUUUGAGGAUCUAUUUUUCUUUGCGAAACUGGGGAUCUGUGUUUGUUGAGCAGGAUGAUGCCAAUGACCCAUUUGUUGUGGUCGGAUUUUACUUCCAGGGAGGAUAAAAUGAAUCAACGGUUGUCAUUCCUCCUCGCGAUUUAACGUUAGGGGCUCCAGGCGGCGAAGCUAACGUUAAGCUAGCUCCACUUGGGUUUUCACAGGGACGCUUAGUUAUAGGCAUGCCCCUUUGUACAUCGUUUACUUACUAUCCGAAAUAGGGGGUGAUUUCUACAUGUGAAGGAAAAUGGUGAUAUUUGUGGUAUUUUAUCCCGCCGUCACUGCGUCGUCGAUGCUAUUGCUAGGAUUUGGAUCCCCGUGAGGAAAAAAAUGAGUGAAGAUUCAACAAAUCCAAACAACGAUGACAGUUAUGCGCGUGUGAGAGCAGUGGUCAUGACUCGGGAUGACUCCAGCGGUGGGUGGCUUCCCCUGGGGGGCGGAGGCCUUAGCUGUGUCACCGUCUAUAAGGUCAGCCGGGCGGAGGACAGCGGCAGCACCCACAGUGGAGGCAGCGGAGGAAGCAGCAGCAACCUCAGCCCCUGUAGCUCCAGUCCUAGUCCCAGCCCCAGCCCCAGUCCCAGUCCCACCGCUGUGGAGUUUCACAUCAAGGGCGAACGGCUCAAAGACAAAUUGGUGGUGCUGGAGUGUGUCCUGCAGAGAGACCUAGUAUACAACAAGGUCAACCCCAUCUUCCACCAUUGGAGAAUCAACGACAAGAAGUUCGGACUGACAUUUCAGAGCCCUGCUGACGCCCGCGCCUUCGACCGGGGCAUACGCCGGGCCAUUGAGGACAUCAACCAAGGUUGUCGACCGUUUGGGGAAGGGGAUGGUCCAGAGGAUGGACUACCGGUGUGUGAUGAGCCUCCCUCCAUCUGUACCCCGAUGAAAGAGCCCUUCUCCCCCCUGAACAACGUUGUCUCCACCGAGCCAUUCAGGGGCUGCUACGUCCCCGCACAGCCCUUCGACGAGUUCAACUCCAGCAACCGCCGCUACCUGCCCCCACAGGUCUCCUUCAAGUCGACCCGGCAUGUCAGUUUUCACAUGGACGAAGAGGAGAUUGUUCGCAUCAACCCACGCAAAGACGUGCUUAUACGCGGCUACGAGGACUACCGCCACCCUGUCAUGUGGAAACAGGAGGCCGAUCCCGAGGACCUGGACUUCCCCACCGCCUUCCACAAACUGGACAGUAAGAAGUGCAAGUACCUCUUCCCCGACGGCCCCGGUGGGGACUCCCACUCUGGCCCCGGUAUGGGCAUUGGAACAGGUAUGGGGUUGGGUCUUGGCAAGGACACGGCCAUCAAGACUCAGCCCUCGCCCUUGCUUAAGUCCAAGAAGGGCCGGCGGCGGCGAGAGGACGGCGAACGCUCGCGCUGCAUCUACUGUCGGGAGAUGUUCAACCAUGAAGACAACUGGCGGGGGCAGUGCCAGGACGCCCCCGACCCGAUCAAGCAGUGCAUCUACAAAGUCAGCUGCAUGCUGUGCGCCGAGAGCAUGCUGUACCACUGCAUGUCCGACUCCGAGGGCGACUUCUCAGACCCCUGCUCGUGUGACACAUCUGACGAGCAGUUCUGCCUGCGCUGGUUGGCCCUGGUGGCACUCUCCUUCAUCGCGCCCUGCAUGUGCUGCUACCUGCCCCUGCGCGCCUGCCACCAUUGUGGCGAGGCCUGCCGCUGCUGUGGGGGCAAGCACAAGGCCGCGGGGUGACCCGACGACGGACUCUGGGACACCCUCAAAGCUAGCUAACACAGGAAGUGGAUAAAAGCGGAAAAUUAAAAAGCCGGCAUCCUUUUUUCAUUCCCCUCUCAGACGGGGUGAUAUGUUGUUGAUCCCCAGCUCUGAGGGCUUUUGGAGAUUUCAGUUUGUGUUUGUCGCCGACAAGCAGCAGUGGAGGACAAACCAUAUGCUUUGUGGGAGCUCUGAGCAUCAAGCUAAGUUCAGGAGCUUAAUCUGAGGAGAGGAGGAGGAGGCAGCGUCAAGAUUAAUAGACUCGGAGAUGUUACUAAACACACCUGUACACACACUCACACACUCACACAUACACAUACAGACACACCUCUCUCUCUCACAUUCACACUCAUGCGUUGACGAAGCCAGGCCACAAAUGUCAGAACUCUACUACAAGAAAUGUGUAACUUUAUGAAGGAAAUUUGUCUUUUGUACAGAGAGCGACAACUUAAUGACAAAAAAAGAAAACUAUUCUGCGUUCAGAAAAAAUACUUGCUGUUUGAGUAUGCUAAAAGGGAUAUGUUAUUGCUUUUUUGUGAAUUUACAGUUGGGUAACAGUGGCCUUUCCUUCAUGGCUUAAACAUUUGCUGACAAUGUAAUUACUAGACAAAGAAAAGUGCACUAGAAAUGGUAUUUCCCCCUCUGAGUAAAGGUAAUCCUCUCAAAUUCUUGUGGUACAUUAACCACCAUAUGUAGUGUAAUUUUAACAUUUGAGAGAUGUUGCUGUGGUGGAUGUAUGGCUAAUUCCUUGUUUUCCUUUCCAUCGAAUGUUAAAAAAAAUCAAAAGGCUUAUUUUUGAAGGUAUACAACUCGGUAUAGCUUUUGACAUUCAUUUAGAAGAUGUUAAAAGUGAUGACUUUGCUUUCCCGAGGUUAUUUACACCAUUUGAUUGCAUUCCAAAAUAAAGGGAUUGAUUCCAUGAUUAGAAGGGAAAAAUGGUAACGACUUCACCAUGGCAAAUUCCCCCCAAAUAGUUUUUUUCCACAUCAUGAAAAAAGCAUAAGAACCUCUUGAACCAUUUAAAUUGAAACCAAUACAUUGAAAUUUCAUUUACUUCAGUGAAUUUCAGUUUUAGUCCAGUUAUUUACUGCUGUAGUGAAAUUGGUGUUUUUGUUUUAUCUGUUAUUUUCCUGCUCAUUUUAUAAUUAUUUUUUGAAGCAAAGGCUGAAAAUGUUGCUCAACCAGCAAGUUUUGUUUCGGUGAGUGAAGGGGUUACAGUGCUCCUUGGUUAAAUGAUGAGGCACUUAAAAUAAGGUCUUUCUUUUAUUGAGAAUCCCUCAUAUUUCACUAUUAGUCUGUACAUAAAUUUGACUAAUUUAACAUUCAAUUUGGGGGGGGGGGGGGGGGGGACCCUCCUGAAAGCACUGCUCUCCAAGCUUUGGUUGCAGCACCCUCUCCAAAUUUCCAUGUUUGUCCCUUAAAUCGGUUAUUUUUAUUUUAUUUUUUCCCCUCAUGUAGUAUUUCUUUGUUCCUCCAAAGUCCACUCCUUCCGUACGUCUUCAUUUAACAGGCCCUGAAUGAGUGAAUGCAUCGUUUCAGGAAUAUCUUAGCUAUUAAUACAUACAGGUGUUAUGUAUGUGUACGUGUGUGUGUGUGCAUAGGUCUUCAUUUGCACUGUUGAUCUGGUGUCAUGUAACGUCACCACUGACUAUGUGAUCACUUGUUUCCCAAAGCAUGUUUGUCUGUUAAACAAAGAGACGAUCAGACUGUUAAAGGAAUAGUUCUGCAUCUUGGGAAAAUUCCCUUUUUUGCUUUCUUUCCUGAGGUUAGAUGAAAAGAUUAAUUCCACUGUCUUAUUUGUCUGUGGUUAAGCUGGAGCUAGCUGCUGUUUAUUUUAGUAUAAAAAACUUGGAAACUGGGAAACAGCUCGCCUGGCUCUGUCCAAAUGUAACAAAAUCCGCCUACUAGCACCUGUAAAGUUUACUUACUAAGAUGCUGUAGCUCAUUUGUUGAAUUUGUUCAAAAACCAAAGUGUAAAGAUGAAAAUUUGUGGUUUUACAGGAGGUUAUGUGUGGGACUAUUUCUUAGAUUGGCAUAGUAACUUUGUAGAGUUUCUGCUUGGCAGCCUCAUGGUGACAACAGGACUCCAGGAAGUUACUGUGCCCCUCCAAGAAAUAGUCCCACACGUGACUUCCAAGAAAUUGACGUUUUUACACUUUGGGGUUUUUUUUUGUACAGAAGAAACAAACAAGAGAGUGUUAAAAAAAAGCCCCUUUCUCACUGGACAAAAA